GAGGGAAGGAAGGAAGGAAGGAGAAGAAGGAGGGCUCUCUUCCUUUUUGUGUGUGUGGGGGGCGGCGGGGGUGGGUGCCUCGCUCUCCCCGUGGGAAUGUCCCACCUGUUUCCUAAGAGGGCCCUCACCUGCCCCUCUCCCCCAAAGCUGGCGCCAAGAGUUCUGUCAAGGUGGCAGGCUGAGAAAGAGGGGAAUCACCUCCUUGCUUGCAGCCCCCUCCAAGUGCCCGCAGGAGGAGGCCGCCUGCCUGCCUGUUCCCACUCCAAAGCCAGCCUGCCUCCCUCAACCCCCAUGGCCCUACCUGGUCCCCCCACCCCCUCCCAAGAGGCCUGCACUGGGGCUGUUCUCUAAGGCCUGGCGCUCUUGGCCUUGUGAUUGAUGUGCCCUCACUCCCGGGAUGACAAGAGCCCAGCUGAGAAGGAAAAGGAGAGCCCAGAAGGAGCUGAAUUCUGUGGCUUCGGAGCUGGCAGCUCGGCAGGAAGAAAGCGAGCAUUCUCAUAAACAUUUAAUUGAACUCAGCCGGGAAUUUAAGAAAAAUGUACCUGAGGGGGUCCGAGAUAUGGUGGCACCCGUCCUAAAGAGCUUCCAGGCUGAGGUGGUUGCGCUGAGCAAAAGGAGCAAAGAAGCCGAGGCUGCGUUCCUGAACGUUUACAAGCAAUUAAUUGAAGUGCCAGAUCUUGCUCCCGCCCUGGAGACCACACGAAGCCUCGAAGACCAGCGCCAGCAGCUGCAUUGCCUUGGUCCGGAGAACCCACCUUUGAAGGAGCUGAACCGGCCGUGGAAGAGCAACACUGAGCUCCUGUGCUCCAAAGAGCAAAGAGAGGGGACGCCUCCACCAGGACUCACUGCUUUGGUGGGAAGCAGGCUCACGACCAACAGCAAAGCACUCCUGACAGCAGAGACCUUCCCACUGCAGAAAAAUAAGGCCGAAGAUCAAAAGGACUUGCAAGAAGUACAGAUCACUUUGGCUGCUCGGCUGGGGGAAGCAGAAAAGAAGAUCAAAGUCCUCCAUUCUGCACUAAAGACAACACAGACCGAACUGGUUGACCUGCAUUGUAAAUAUGAUGAAGAAAAAGCAAAGAAGACAGAUGAAGUGGCCAUGAUCAUGGCGAACCUUGAAAAAGCCAAUCAGAGAACUGAGACUGCCCAGAGGGAGGUGGAGACCCUGCGGGAGCAGCUGGCCUCUGUCAACAACUCCCUUCGCCUGGCUUGUUGCUCACCCCAAGGACCCAGUGGGGACAAAAUGAAUUACACUUUGUGCCCAGGACCGAGGCUUGAGGCAGCACUAGCCACCAAGGAUCGGGAAAUCCUUCGCCUCCUCAAAGAAAUCCAGCAUUUGCAAAACACCAUACAAGAAAUGGAGGAGUCUUCUGCCAGUCAGAUUGCAGAUCUAGAGCAGCAGUUGGCGGCCAAGAAUGAGGCUAUUGAGAAGUUGGAAGAGAAAUUACGAACCCAGUCAGAUUAUGAGGAGAUCAAGACAGAACUGAGCAUCUUGAAAGGGAUGAAGCUGGCCUCCUCGAACUGCAGCCUCUCUCAGAGCAUAUCAAAACCCGCUGAUGCAUUGCUUCUGGAAAAGGACUCCUUCUACCCAUCACAGAAAUACCUUUUGGAAAAGCGAAGCCUCAUCCCCAGCACUGAGGAGGAUCCCUCAGAGGAUGAGUCAGUGAAGGACUCCAUGGGUACCGGGCAGGCCUUCCCUUCCCCACAACCGCUCUCACACACUUCCCGGGACGACACUGCCUCUCCUCCCCUCAUCCAGCCCCUGCUGGGUCCUGCUGUGGCUCAGGAAGGCUCUCGUAGCUUCUGCCUGUCCCCCUUCCCGAGCCUGAACACCGUGGAGCGGAUACCCCUGGACUUGCUUCUCCCCAAACACAGGGGGCCUCCUGGUUACAAGAGUGAGACCAGCAGCCUCGUGGCAUUCCCCUCUGGUUUCUAUACCGCCAAGGGAGCAACGUUGCCAGGCAACCCUGGACAAGCCCUCCCCGCAAAUGAGCUGAGCCUCCCCAGUGACCAGUCGGAAGGGAGCAAUUCAGGUUCACCCGACGACGAGCACCUGGAUACUGCAGAGAUUGCUUUCCAAGUCAAGGAGCAACUGCUUAAGCACAACAUUGGCCAGCGGGUCUUUGGGCAUUACGUCCUGGGCCUCUCUCAAGGCUCUGUCAGUGAGAUCCUGGCUCGGCCGAAGCCUUGGCGCAAGCUCACUGUCAAGGGCAAAGAGCCAUUCAUCAAAAUGAAGCAGUUCCUCUCUGAUGAGCAGAACGUCUUGGCCCUGAGGACCAUUCAGGUGCGCCAGAGAGGUAGCAUUACGCCAAGGAUUAGGACGCCUGAAACUGGCUCCGAUGAUGCCAUCAAGAACAUCCUUGAGCAAGCCAAGAAGGAGAUUGAGUCACAGAAAGGAGGAGACACCAAGGGCUCCACAGCGCCCCAGGCAACAGCCAACGGUGCCACAAGCAGCAACUCGGAAGACGCCAUCAAGAGCAUCCUGGAGCAGGCCCGCCGGGAGAUGCAGGCUCAGCAACAGGCCUUGCUGGAAAUCGAGUCAGGCAACUCCAGCAGGCCUCUCCUCACUCCACCAGUUGAGCACUCUGCCUUGGCUGCCGUCAGCCAGACCAUUGUCCAGGAGUACAUCAAGCAAGAGGAGGGGAUGAUGGGCCCCAGCACCAGCAGCAGCAUGGCCCAGGGGCCCUUGACAGUACUCUCCCCUGCCGCCUUUGUCCAAAGCAUCAUCCGCAAAGUCAAAUCUGAAAUUGGGGACGCCGGCUCCUACUUUGACCAGCACUGGGCUUCUGAGAGGAGCUUGCUGAGCCGCCCAUACACAUCCGUGUCACCCUCCCUCUCAUCCUCAUCUAGCUACUCCAGCACGGCUAACGGGCGCGGGUGGCAGCGGGGUGAAGCUGGCGAGGCCGUCCCGACCGAGGAGGACCUCCCCACCUCUGAGGACGAGCCCCACCGGGUGCUGGAGGUCAAGCUGGAAACGGUGGGCUCUGAGCCCCUAUCCACCAGGCGCCUCUCCUACUACCCAUCCUAUGUACCAAGGACCCUCAAGCCCACCGUGCCACCCCUGACGCCUGAACAAUAUGAGAUGUACAUGUAUCGGGAAGUCGACACCUUGGAUCUGACGCGGCAGGUCAAGGAGAAGCUCGCCAAGAAUGGGAUCUGCCAACGCAUCUUUGGGGAAAAGGUACUGGGAUUGUCUCAAGGCAGCGUGAGUGACAUGUUGUCCAGGCCCAAGCCCUGGAGCAAGCUCACGCAAAAAGGACGAGAGCCAUUCAUCCGCAUGCAACUCUGGCUUACAGACCAACUUGGCCAAGGGCUAAGCCAACCGGGCAACCCACCCCAUGACAGUCCUGGGGAGGUCCAGUCUUCUCCUUCCCCGUCACCCAGUCUCUCUGAACAAGAGAAAAGUCCCCUGGAGCCCCUGCGCCUCGCCUUGGAAAGCAGCAAGGAAAACCAGCACCCGGAGGGCCAGCCGGGCUCCUUGCUCGGCACCAGGAUAGGCCCCAACAGCCAGGCUCCGCUGGGCAUCCAGGAGAUUGUGGCUAUGUCGCCUGAACUGGACACCUAUUCCAUCACCAAGAAGGUCAAGGAGGUCUUAACGGACAACAACCUUGGUCAGCGGCUUUUUGGAGAAAGUAUCCUGGGCCUGACCCAGGGCUCUGUCUCUGACCUGCUGUCAAGGCCCAAGCCCUGGCACAAGCUGAGCCUGAAAGGGCGGGAGCCCUUUGUCCGAAUGCAGCUCUGGCUGAAUGAUCCGCACAACAUCAACAAGCUGCGGGACAUGAAGAAACUGGAGAAAAAAGCGUAUUUGAAGCGCCGCUAUGGACUGAUCAGCGCUGGCUCUGACAGUGAGUCCCCCAACGCUAACUCCACCUGCCCCAGCCCCAGCCCCCAGACCCAAGAUCUCAGCCUCCUGCAGAUUAAGAAGCCAAGGGUCGUCCUGGCUCCCGAAGAGAAGGAGGCCCUGAAAAAGGCUUAUCAGUUGGAACCCUACCCUUCACAACAAACCAUUGAGUUGCUGUCUUUCCAGCUGAACCUUAAGACCAACACGGUGAUCAACUGGUUCCAUAAUUACAGGUCCCGAAUGCGCCGGGAGAUGCUGCUGGAAGGGGCGCAGGACGACACGGAUCUGGAGCAGAGCGCAACCCCAGGAGGCAGCCUUCUGAAGGGUCCCGAGCCCCCAUGUCCUGCCUCCGAAUGCGAGUCCCGGAAACCCACUUUCAGAGAUGCGGAGUGCCAAGGAGAGAGCAAGUCGGUGGUCCAAAUCAAGGAGGAGCAGCCAGAGGUGGGUGAAAAGGAUAACUGUUCAAGUCCCCAUGAGCCUUGUGGCUCCGAUGGGGAAAUGGAGCCUGGGCCCAGUCUUAAAGAAGAGCAGGUGGAGGCGGCAUGGACAGAAGAUCUGGAGGGGCCUAGUCUCAUCUGGGGCAAAACACACAUAUCCAGGCCUGCCGGUUAUUCCUCUGUGCAUAACCCUAUGGAGUCCGGUGCUGGCAAGCAGCUUGACUCAGACCCGCUGAGCUUUAAGUCAUCUUCAGAGUCUUCCCGGGGCAGCUUAGAGGGGUCCCUGAACUCCUUGUCUGCGGCCUCUUCCCCUGGCCUCCUGAUGUCCAUCUCUCCCAUCCCCUCCGCCUCAGCUCCUCUCUCCCCGUUGUCCCUAAGCGCCACUGCCAAAGCACAGAGUGAGAGCCUUCCCACCGGAACAGGCGCCGCACCCCCCAACACCAAAGCAAGUACAAACAUCCAGCGACGGCAUGAGAAGAUGGCCAACCUCAACAGCAUCAUCCAUCGGCUGGAGAGGGCAGCCAACCGCGAGGAGACCCUAGAGUGGGAAUUUUGAGAGGUAAAAAAGAUUUUAAGAAACCACACAAACACACAAGCACUCACAUUUUGACCCUAAACUCAGCGGAACAGGCUGACGAAGCAGGGAGUCCAGUGUAUAUUGAAAUAGAUCUCUAUAAAUAUAUAUAUAUACACACACACACAUAUAUAUUUUAUUAGUUUCUUCACAUACUAAGGAGGAGACAAAUCAUCUCCAUUUUUGUUGAAGGAAAGUGAUCCGUCGCUACCCUGUUGCUCCUUUUUUCUUAGUGGCUGAUGGGAAGAUGAAAUGGACUUCAUUUUUUGGUUUAAAUGUGAAAACAAACGUUUUAAAAAAACUGGGAACACUUUUAGAAGAAAAAAAUAUUAAAAUAAUAUUUAUAGACCUCUUUUAGAUAUUUUAAUAAAAGGAAACUUUGGAAUUUAUUAACAGCUCAAGCUGCUUUGAUAUUAAAAGAUAGCUAUAAACUGUAUCAGUUGUGUCAUUAAAUGUCCACUGAAAGUCUUGUAGUUUGCCACUGGAUGAGAUUAAAAAAAAUUAAAAUUCAAAGAUAUAACCCAGGCUCCUUGAUCAAAGCCAUUGAGAAGCACUAUGAGACUGACCAAAUUUUUGCUAAACUUGAUCGCCCGAGGGGUGCCUUGCUCUCUCCUCGGUUUGUCUCUAAGACAUCGCAUUCAUAAAACUUUUCCAGAGACUUGUCUUACAGUCCAUGAAGACUCUAAAUCGGGAAGCUGCGAUGCCAUCCUGCGUCCGUCAUUUAGUUCUGGUGGUAUGUUUUGAGAGCUUUGUUUUGAAUAUAACACAGGGAAAACAAAGUGUUGUGUGCUGUUGUAUAUGUUGUAGAAAUAUGUUUGCAAUAGCCUUCCUAAACAAGAUGUAGCAUGGUUUCAGAAGUGACUCCUUAGUCCUGAUGCUUCCUGCAGCUUAGUGGCCUGCCAGAAACAGAGGACACAUCGAGAACGUCGACACAGAAGGAACUGACAGCCGUUGGAAGUGAGGAUUUUCUGCCCACUUUUAGGAAAAAAAACAUACACACCCUCUCAGAAGUGUGGCGUCUUUUUGUUGCAAAAGUUGUAUUUGGCAGCUUGCAAAGUCUGUGAUGUGUUUGCUUUUGACAGGGACAGACUUUAAUGAUAAACUAUGAGAAACCUACAAAAGUUUACGUUGUCUGUGCGUGUGUCUGUACACGUGUGCACAUGGAAAUUGCCGUCUUUUUCUCAGUUCAGCAUCUUCUUUGUUGGAUGGGAAAAAACCAUUGGAAGUAUUGGCCAAUUUGAGCACUAAAAUGUUGAGAGGGAAAAUGUCUCAUGCAUUAUUCCUCCCCAUCCCACCCCCUUAAAUCAUCAAUUCAAUCUGGAACCCCACUUGUACAUGGAUUUACCCAUGAAGCUCUUGCAUGUAUGGGCAGCCUUGAUUUAUUUCAUGGGAGGGCAGAAUUCCUACUGUGCAAAGAAGCAAGACUGAUGGAUCUGGGACCACAUUCAGUCUACCAUUUAUGUUAAGGUGCUGUCAGAUUGGGGCAAAAACUUUUUUUUUAAAAAAAAAAGAACAACCAUAAUAAUAAUAAUAAUAAUAAUAAUAAUAUUUAUUUAUAUUCCACUCUAUCUCCCCGAGGGUACUCAGAGCAGAUUACAGAACACAUAUAUGGCAAAUAUGCAAUGCUGUUAUACAAUUAACAAAGACAGACAGUAGACAAACAGAGGUAAAGGCUUCCCAUCUUUUUCCAUCUCCGGCAUCUGGGGGCUGUGUUCAACUCUGGCUAUGGGGAGGUGCUGUUGUUCCAUUUUCCAUGCUGAGGAGCUUCUUGUCCAUGGGUGCCUUCUUGAUCAAACUGCCAGCAUGUCUUCAUGGGUGCCUUCUUACCUCCCUGCCAAAGUGGUACCUAUUGAACUACUCACAUUACUGUUUUCUAACUGCUAAGUAAGCAGAAACUAGGGCUGACAGCAGAAGUUUGCCCUGAUCUCCAGCUUGAACUGCCAACCUUCUGGUUGGCAAGAUUUUCUGCAGCUGGCGGUUUAACCCGCUGUGCUCACCGCAGCCCCCUUAGCAAUCACCAAGGUUGUUCAUGGCUCCCAUCACCACUCUUUGACAAGGAAUUGAGUUUCCUGAAAAUGAUCACUUUCAUUACAGUCAUCCUUCCUUGGAUUAUCCUUAAUUUGGAAAGAAGCAUGGAAUCUAUUCCGUGGGUGGUUUGGUCUGCUGAAGGACCAUCGACCAGAUUCAAAGAUAGUCAAGAGUAGUUCAAGCCACAUUUUUGAGAGGGGAUUUUAUUAGCUAGAAAGGCACUUGGUGGAUGCAGGUGAUUUAUUACAGAGCUUGCAGUCCACAGUAAACCACCCCAGAGGCCCAGAAGGUCCCCAGCUAUACCUGCAUUCUUUGCCAGGCAGCACGUCUCAGACAGUUAAACAUUUACCCAAUUGCUCUGGAAACUGUUAGAAUCUAGAAGUCAAGCACCCAGAGUAAAAUCCCUACUGUGGCUAAAAAAACAGCAGCUAAAAUCUUAUAAUCAGAUCCUGGAGGAGGGUCCAGUGCUGUUCUUUCAAUAUGAUACAUUCCAGUACUUUCUUUGUUUGAAUUUUGGUUGACCUACUGAGGAAUUUUCUAGAACUCUUCACCCAUCUCUUUUGCCCAUUCCUCACGCCAGAGCUUGAAAUAAUUUAAAAACCAAAAGUCACUUUAACAAGUAGUAACAGAACAGAAGGUAUAUUGGCAGAUCCCCCUCCCCAUAACAUAAUAAUAAUAUACUUUACUUAUAUUCUGCUCUAUCUCCCCAAGGAGACUCAGGGCCGAUUACAGAACACAUAUAUGGCAAACAUUCAAUGCCGUUAUACCAUUAACAAGAAUAGACAAUACAUAGACAGAGGUAAAGACUUUUCCCAUCUUUUUCCAUUUCCGGCAUCUGGAGGCUGUGCUCAACUCUGGCCACAGGGGGCAGGGUGCUGUCGCUCCAUCUUUCACAUGCCAAGGAGCUUUUGUUGUCCUUAGACGUCCUCCCGAUGUCCUUAUGGUGCCUUUAUUACCUCCCCGCUUAAAGCGGUAUCUAUUUAUCUACUCACAUUUCUGUUUUCAAUCUGCUAGGUGAACAGAAGCUGGGGCUGAUGGUUGGGUGUUCAUCCUGACCCGGGCUUGAACUGACAACCUUUCGAUCAGCAGGAUUUCCUGCAGCUUAGCAGUUUAACCCACUGUGCUAAGUCCGGCUUCUAUCAUGCCUUCCAAUGUGUCUUGGUUUUUUAAGAACAGCUCCCAUUACUCCCCUGCUGCCCCACUUUCUCAGCUGCUUAUCAGAUGCCCCGGUUUCUCUGUCUUCCAUUAUUCCUACUGCUUUCCUUGUCCUAAGUUUAUUUCAGGUGCUACAAAUGGACUUAACAGUGCAGUAGUUUGUACUCAAGUUAACUCAGCAGAAGGCAAAGGAAAGGGCAGAAUCAGUACGUAGGUGCUAGGUUUUCUCUGCUUAAAAUCGUAUUGUGUCUGCUUCUUUAAUUACUUUCCCCCUCCAUUUAUUCAUUUUUAACCAUGUUUGCCUCUUGUUGCCUGUCUGCAUCCUCUAUACAUUCCAUUUCCAUCUGUGAAAUGUCAGAGCUGAUGCAGUAGUACCUCAUCCAGUCUCUUUGGUUUCCUAAAAGGCCAGAAAAUAUCACUCGCCCAGUUGCCAUUUGAGUAAAUGCGGAUUUUGUCCACCACUUUUGUAGCUUGUGCACACUUGAAAGAAACAGAAAGCGAAGUUGGAUUUCCCGAUUUUUCCUGUUGACAUGCUAGAGAUGAGCUUUAGUGGAGCAGGAUUUUGGAACUAAGCACUUAGGUAUGAUCUUUUGAAUCCAGAGAGAAAUCCUGUUGUACUCAAAGCGGAUGGGAAUGUGUGUCAGUCACCUUUUCUUAGGUUAAUGUACUGUACUUUAAAAAGUUUCUAUGAGAUUGAUUGAACUUUGUUAAACAUUUAAGAAAAAAGGGCCACAAGUUGUGUAAAAGAGCCACUAAAAAGGAAAAUACAGACAUUGUAUAACAA